CCCCAACCAAAACCCCCCUUUCCCUAUUUUAUACUCUUUUUUUAAUAUAUUUUCCCUUUUAAAAUUUAGUUUUUUUUUUCUUUCCUAGCCUUCAACGAUCUCUCUCUCGGUCGAAAGUCACGCGCUUUGAAGGUCACGGAGACGAAAGCUUCAAACUUUUUACACGAUUUCCUAAAUUAAUCCCUCGCUCCUUUAUAAUUUCUCGAGGUUGAGCUUGAUCUCAUUCUGCAGAUUGUUUCUUCGCUUCUUCAUCGAUCCCCGAUUCGCGAAUUUAAUCGGCUUUUUCUGCUGCUGUUCAUCUACAAGGAGCAUACAGCACGGGGUUGUCAAGAAAAGGGGAACCCAGUAAUUUUCCGGCCAGCACCAUGACAAAUGUAAUUCAUUAUGAAGCUGGCAGUUCUAGCUCUACUUCUGUUAGCAGCCAAGGGAAUGAGACCAAUGAUGAUAGGAUGAUUGCAGAAAUUCUCUCUGAGGAAUAUGCUAAUUUAGAUGGUGCAGUUGGAAGACGUCUUUCAAGCCUGUCAUCUAUUCCUCAUGUUCCUCGGAUCAACACAUAUUUUCCAACAGUGAAUGAUGCAAGUCUAGAUCACCAGCGUUUAUUUCAGAGGUUAAAUGCUUAUGGCUUAUUUGAAGUAAAGGUUUCUGGUGAUGGCAAUUGCCAGUUCCGGGCAAUCUCAGACCAGCUGUACAGAUCACCAGAACAUCAUAAACAUGUUCGAAAAGAAGUCGUGAAGCAGCUUAAAGAGUCCCGUUCUCUAUAUGAAGGUUAUGUUCCCAUGAAGUAUAAGAGCUACUGCAAGAAAAUGCGGAAGUCAGGCGAAUGGGGUGAUCAUGUUACAUUACAAGCAGCAGCUGAUAAGUUUGGGGCAAAGAUUUGUCUGCUUACUUCAUUUAGAGAUACCUGUUUUGUCGAAAUUGUUCCACGAAACCAGGCACCUCAGAGAGAGCUAUGGCUGAGUUUCUGGUCUGAAGUACAUUAUAACUCACUUUAUGAACUCCAAGAUAUGAAAGUCAAGUACAAGCCGAGAAAGAAGCAUUGGUUAUUUUGAAGGGCUUCCUAUAUCUGUAGCAUUGAUACUGAGAAGCAUGAUUCUUUGGUAAAUGUGGCAAAGACUUCUGACUUUUUUCUUGGAGGGAGGAAGCACAUUAUUAAUAAUCAAAGGGGGAUGGAAGCAAAUUUCCCAAUUCUAAUGAAGAAACUACUCCUCAAUAAAAGAAGGACGGUGUCCUUUUCCUUUAGGCUGUUAAGAUACUGACUGCUUAUUGUUCCUUCAUUAUAGGAGGACAUGCAUGUGGGAUGUUCCUACGUGUGGUUUGAAAAAUAUAAAAUUUUCUUGUUCAAAUUAGCCCAAGACUAAAUCUUAUGUCCAAUCUAAGGACGAAUGAUUUCUUCCUUUCAUGAAGGUUGUUAGUUUUUUA